UCGGCGUGUGUUGAUCGUUUAUGGAUACGUUCCCUGGAGUUCCCUGGAUUCUUCAUAAGCAGAUAAAAAAAUAAGCAGCAGAAAUGGCAAGAAAUGCGGAGAAAGCCAUGACCGCUCUGGCUCGGUUCAGACAGGCCCAGCUGGAGGAGGGGAAAGUCAAGGAGCGGCGACCGUACCUGGCUUCAGAGUGCAGUGAACUCCCUAAAGCUGAGAAAUGGAGACGGCAGAUCAUCAGUGAGAUCUCAAAGAAGGUGGCUCAGAUCCAGAACGCCGGUCUCGGGGAGUUCAGGAUUCGGGAUUUGAACGAUGAGAUCAACAAGCUACUGAGAGAGAAAGGUCACUGGGAGGUCCGGAUCAAAGAGCUGGGAGGACCUGACUAUGUGAGAUUUGGUCCCAGGAUGUUGGACCAUGAGGGUAAAGAGGUUCCUGGUAAUCGGGGGUAUAAAUACUUCGGAGCAGCCAGAGACCUUCCUGGAGUCAGAGAGCUGUUCGAAAAGGAGCCUGCCCCGGCAUUGAGGAAAACGAGGGCGGAGCUCAUGAAGGAGGUAGAUGCAGAAUACUAUGGCUACAGAGACGAAGAUGACGGAGUGCUGCUUCCUCUGGAGGCUCAGUAUGAGAAAAAAGCUGUGGUGGAGGCGGUGCAGAAGUGGAAGACAGAGAGAGAGUCUCGCCUGUCAGGAGAUAAACAACAACAGGAGGAGGAAGAGGAGAGCAUCUACACCGUCCACAAUGACGAGCCUGAUGAUGAGGAGAACCGGGAGGAACUGGAGGGGGAGGAGGGAGGAGUCACCUUCAUGUCACACGUACCUGUACCCUCGCAAAAAGAGGUGGAGGAGGCUCUGGUGAGGAGGAAGAAGAUGGAGUUGUUGCAGCGUUACGCCAGUGAGACUCUUCAGGCUCAGAGUCAAACAGCCAAAACUCUGCUGGGGCUCUAGUCUGUCUGUCUGUCUGUCUGUCUGUCAUCGGUCUGUUUGCUCCAACCUGUCUGUCUGUUUUUGUAAAUAUCAUCAGCUAAUUUUUGUACUCGACCUGUUUCAUAUUAAAGAUUCUUCAGCUCA